UACCGAAAACACCGCGAUUCAAACCGCCCGUCAAUGUACAUUGACAUUAGGUUUUGAUCGGUAUCUAAAGCGUCUCAGACUAGUUCAGAUGUGGAUGUUUGCACGACCUUUUUAGUGGUUUUGUCAUCCAGCAAUUUCGCCGCUCCGGGCAAAGAUAAAUUUUGCCGCCCUUUACACCAAUACCCACCAUUGUUUUAUUUGCGCGCAUAAAUUCCGCGUGGAAUUUAUUUUUUUACAAAUCCCUCGGCAACCAUGGUUUUUUUUCGGGAUAAAAAGUAGCCUAUGUGAUAAUCCAUGCUAUAAUAUAUCUCAAUACCAACGGACAAUGGGCAAAAGCUGUAUCGGUGAACUGAGUAAAUCGAUGUUGUGUCACCAGGUUUUCAUGAUUAUAAUUAAUUUUUUAAAUUAUAAAUGUUACUUUUAUUUAUAAGAUAUCACGAAAACACCGUCAUUAAAAAUGAAUAAAAAUAAAAUACUAUUUCGUCUUUAAUAAGACCGCCAUAUUUUUUUUCGAAUGUUGUCAUAGUAAUUUUUACUUACAUGACAUGUAACAUGUCACUUUAUAUAAUUUUAUUUUAUUAUUUAUAUCAUUUCGACGAUUUAAUAGCGCUAUUGUCCACGUUUAUUCUGAUCGUUAGAGAAAUAAGACUCCAUAAUAAUAUUGAAAGACUCCAUAAUACAUUCAUUAUAGAUUAGUGUGUGUAACUUAAACUUCAUAUAGUUUAAGUUCUAAUACAUCACGGACAUCGGAAACAUAUUAAAAUGUUUUUCCUUAUCGAAAGCGGUUUAAACGACUAAUUUGAAAAACCAACUAGCCAACAAGGAGGUCAAGCACGUGGUCAAGUGGCGGGGAACUUGGGCAACAUGAAGAGGACGACCCGCAGCAGCACGGCGCGCUCAGGCAGCACUAAACGCACCGCGUUCGAGCAGCAGGUCACAUUGGCGGGGAACAUGGUCAACAUGAAGAGGACGACCCGCAGCAGUACGGCGCGCUCAGGCAGCACCAAACGCACCGCGUUCGAGCAGCAGCGGCAGGGCGCGCCGAUGCACCAGAAGGCGCUGGCACAGCUCAUGGCCACGCUGCGCUCGCCUAGCAGCCACCAGCAGCAGGUGAUGCUGCAGAUCCUCAGGUCCAACCCACCGCUGAUGGAAAUCUUCAUCAAACAGAGGACAAAGGAAUACUUGACUACUGUGGCGGGGAACUUGGGCAACAUGGAGGGGACGACCACACGGCACCACCACCUCGGCACCACCGCCGUCACCAGCCCGGCGUGCUCAGGGGGCACUGACCGCGCCGCGUUCGAGCAGAGAGCGCAGGAGCUGAUCCGGCAGCGGCUGGUGCUGUUGCUGCACGCGCACCAGUGCCAGCGGCGCGAGUCGCAGGCCAACGGCGAGACGUGGCAGUGCAGGCUGCCCCAGUGCCAGAUUAUAAAACCUGUGCUGAACCAUUUAAAGUCGUGUCAGGCGGGAAAUGAAUGUACAGUUACUCAUUGUUCAUCUUCGAGACAAGUCUUCAGUCAUUGGAAACACUGCAACAAAAAUGACUGUCCAGUGUGCGAACCGCUCAAUUUUAUUUUUUUAUUUAUAUUUUAUUCUAUAACAGGUGCAUAGCGUAAUGUAAAUAAACAAAUUCACCAUUGGCAUAUCUAGGAUUAUUUCCUGGGGUGGGCCUACAUGUCACUGAACAGAGUCGACACUCAAUAUAAAAAUUUCGUUAGCAAUAUUUGUAGACGCAGAUCUCUGAAACGGCUCGACAUAUUUAUUAUUUUUUCUUUGUAUCUAGGGUACAAUGGUACCAUAGAUACAAAGGUAUCAUAAAGGUCAUAAUAAAUUUUUCAAAAUAUUUAUUACUUAUAGGAUUUUCUUUAUUAUAAGUAAUUGUUAUUAUUUGAUAUUUUAAAUGAUGUUUUCUGAAAAAUUAUUAGUAUUUCGGCGUUUCUCAUAGAAUUUCAAAUCGGUAGCCCAGUAUCCUAGGGUACUGGGCUAUAUACGCUAUAUACGCCUAUGAAAUUCACGUGACUUAUGAAUGUUCAAAUUGCAUUAAAGCAGUAAAAUAUUGUCAUAAUAUAAUAGAAUUUAAUCUAAUGUAUUGUCAUAAAAUAAAACUUCAUUUAUUAACAAAAUAUUUUAUUAUUAUUUUAUAUUCCUGUGUCCUCUAAUUUAUUGAACAGAUGUUUAAUUUAGAUUUAGGGUCCCGUAGUUAAAGCACAUAGUUGUGCUCAGAGACCAUUGCUACUACGAGUAGAAACACUGAUAUUAGAAGAAAUAAAUUAAUUAAACAAAUAAAAAAACCCGACUGCAUAAAUUAUACAAAAACUGUCGACUGUUUUCUAAUUGCUUUCUACACUUCUGGACUGAGCUUGUUUUUUUUCUUUUCAGUUUUUGUAUAAUUUAUGCAGUCGGGUUUUUUUAUUUGUUUAAUUAAUUUAUUUAUUUCACAUCUUUUUAGUUACUAUAGAUAGUGAAUUUCGGAUUUAUUUGUUACGUUGGUUACAUGUUACAAAGUACGAUAAUGUAUACCUACGUCCAACCGAGGUUAAGUAAAUAUUCAAAAAGAUCUACGGAACCCUCGGUGGGUGAAUCUGACUCGCAGUUGUCGGAUUUUUAUAAUCAUUAUAUUUAGUUUAGUAUAUUUAGGUGUUUUAUAACUUCACUUCAUAAACCUCGCACCUUAUAGUCAUCCGCCUCGCGUAUUUUGUAUAGACAAUUAAUAAAUAACGUUUUUCUAAUUGUAGUUUUUUUUAACAUGACCAUGAUAUACCAUUUUGAAUUUCUCACAAAAAGCCCUUGAUUUUGAUACCCAUGUUGCAAUAGUAAAAAAAAAAAAAAAUUCACCUCGAGUCUAUAGCGUUUCACAGUCGUCUUGUUGGUUUUUUUUUAAUUUCACCUAUCUAAGAACACUUGGGUUGUUAAGACAAAUCUAACGAUAUCUUAAUUACGUAAAUCCGUCCAGCGGUUUGGAAGAUAUGAGGUAAUAAAGAAUAUUACAUACAUACAAACAUGCGCGAAAAACAUAACCCUUCUUGCAGUCGGGUAAAAAGAGGUAGAUAGGUUACAUAAACCACAUUCGAUAUUUAAAACUGGCACCAAUGGCACACAAAAAUAAUUUCAGCGGCGUUGUCUGUGCGGCGACUGAGCUCAGGUUUGUUAAUUAGCAUAGUUUUAAGGCGGCUGUUAAGAAAAUUGAACAAAAUACGCAAUGUUCACUCUACUAAAACUACAUGUUAUACACGCUAUAAAAUUUCCAAAAAAAUAUAUAAAAUACUUUGAUUAACGAACUACAAUUCUCGGGUUUUAGAUUAUUUUUUAAUUGUUUAUUAAGAUAAAUUUAAAAUAUAAUAUACAAAAAAAUGAAAAUAAUGUCGAUUCACAUAAACUGUUGUAUAACUUAUUAAUCUUUUGUAGAAAAUGUAUUUACCUUUAAUUCUGCGGUUUCUUUUUAUGAUUAUUAGUGUCGUGACAUUUACAUUUAUUCAAUUUCUGUGCAAAAUUUCCUUAUACGUGCGUACGAACGGCUCCCAGCCCUUCGUGCAACAAAGGUGACUGUGGA